AUGCGCAGGCAGGCCGAGGAGCGUCGCGCAGUCGUCUUAACCAACACCGAGAAGGAUAUGCUUAAAGAACUCAGCGAGGCUCGCAAGGGCACCUGGAACAACACCCUCGAGGCGCAGCGGAAGCAGCGAGAGGCGGCCAAGGCGCAGAGGCUCGAGGAUGAGGAGGAGGCCAAGUGCGUCCUGGACCGCGAGGAGGCUUCCAUCCGCGCGACGCAGAGGCAGGCGCAGAUCAUGCGCGCGAACAAAAUGCUCUAUGACCAAACCGACAGGGUCAAAUCCUUCAACUCCUCGCUCCUGCUCUCCGACGUCCUGCAAGAGAGGGACCUCCAGAUCGACCUCAAAAAACGCGUCGAGGAGGUCCGCGACCGGCACGAAGCCGCGUUCGUUAAAGAGCAAGAGAAGGCGUGGGAGGUUGCCGACUACGCGGAGGCGGCCAAGGCGAGCGAACGGAAACAGGCCGCGAUGCAGCAGAGGGACGCGCAGCUCCUCCAGAUCGAACAGUUCAAGGAGCAGAUCCUCGCUGAGAUGCGCGAAGAUCGUCGCGACGGCGAGCUCAUCCGAAGGCGCGCCGCCGAGGAGGAGGAGGAGGAGCGCCUGAGGGAGCUGCGGCGGCGCGAGGAGGCGAUGCGCGGCGCGAUGGAGACCGCCAAGGCUAACGCGGCGCUCAAGGAGUACAAGGCUGGCGAGGCUGCGGCGGAGGCGGCGAUGGACCGCAAGAUUGAGCAGUUUGCGCGCGCCAAGGAGCGAAUGGACGCCGCGAGGAGGGUACACGCGGAGGCAAAGAACAGGGAGAAGGCGGCGGUGCGCGACGCGAUGGUGGCGCGCAUGGAGGCUGACCUCAUCGCGCGGCAGAAGAAGGCGGUGGAGGCGGAGGAUAACGCGGCGGAACGCGCGGAGGCUGAGCGCGAAGCCGCGGAGGCGCUGAAGGCUGCCGAGCGCCUGGAGGACCUGCGCGUCAUCGAGCUCUCGCGCCAACAGCAGCUCGCGAUCAAGGCUGCGGAGCGCGAGCGCGAGCGCGAGCGCGAGGAGCUCUUCGUGCGGCAAUGGGCGCAGCGCAACGAGCAGCUGCAGCGCGAGGAGGAGGAGGAGAAGCUGGAGACGUUCGCGAGGAACAAGCGGCUGCAGCAGGCGCACGUCCGCCAAAUCGCGAGAAAGAUCAAAAAGGCGAACGCGGAGCGCGAGCUGGACCUGCGGGCGUCGCUGGCGGCGACGAGGCGUCUGGAGGAGGAGGACGAACUGUUCGAUCACUACGCGCGCGUGUGCAUGGACGAGUGGGAGAGCAGGGGAAAGAGCCUCCGGCCGAUGAUGGUGGAGCUCGGCAAGUUCGACCCGAAUCGUGUCACUUGA